AUGAUAGGACACCAUCAAGAGAACCAGAAGCCGGAUCCUGAAGGUGUAGAGAGAAAAAGAACUCGCAAUCGCUUGUCACAGCGUGCCUACCGUCGCAGACAUGCCGAGUAUGUGAGGGAACUCCGGAAAUGCGUUGAAGAUGCCAAAACGCCGGAAAGUGAAGCGUUAAAGCAGAUGCGGAGAGAAAAUCGACAUUUACGAAAGCAACUGGUUGAGCUUCAGUCAAAGUUAACCGCGCUCGCUGAAACAAUAAAAGUCAUGGCUGGCUCAGUAUCAAAUGUAUUAGACAAAUGUUCCGCCGAGGGAUCAAGUGAUGAGGCUGUUGAUAUUGAGUCUUCUAGUGAGCCGAGCGGAAAUGAACCUGAAGGUCACAUCUUCAACUCUGAACUCGACACCUCGGCUGUGUACUGCUCCGUUGGCGCGGCAGAGGAUCCUGGGAUGCCUUUUGUCGAGCCUUUGGCAACCAUCACUCAUCCCGCCCAAUUUUUUCAAAAUCCCGGUCAUCUGGAAACACCCUGUGACGGUGCCGGCUGGGAUGCAAUUUCAAGCGAUUCGAGUUUUCUGCUACUACCUCAGAUCCCGAAUAUCUGGAGUCAUGAGUACCAGAUGGGCUUGCAGCCGCUUUAUCGACAAGUCCUUGCAGCACUGGGUCUUUUUAACAGUCUCACAAGACCUGCAGCCAUGGAAUGGUAUGCAAAAACACGAUUUUACCAUAUCGUCGACUUGACUACCUGGCAAUUACAUCCUUCCCCAGAGCUCUUAAAUAGAGUUGAAAAGCAGUAUCGACCAACAAUGUUGCAGUUACGGAACCAGCACCCUGCGAUCAUUGACUGGAUACCUUUUCCAGCUCUAAGAGAUCGGCUGAUUCGUCUCCACUCUGCAAACCCUCUGAUCGAUCAAAUUUUCUGUGAUGUAGUUAGCAGUUAUGUCGUUGAAGCCUGUAUGGCGGAUUUGGUCUUGGAUGCCUCCGCAACCAGAGUCUACGUCCGGGUUACCGAUGUUGCUAUAAGCGCCGCCGGCACGGAAAAUAAAGACAUCGAUCCUGCUACAAUACUUCCGGCUCCCGACGUGUCAAGUUUGUUUUUGGUUGCUGAUUGUGCCCAAGCAGUUUUCAAGCUGCUGAAUAUGAACCACGGGGUUUCACACUACAAACUCGACCCUUCAUUUUUUGGCACUUAUCCAGAGCUUUUCGACCCGGAGAAUGAUAUUGUGGCACAGGGGUUUCCUUUAAGACCAAAUAACCAAACAAUUUUGCCUUCCCCCAGUCGUCUAAAUGAUCUGACAUUUCAGAUAUAUCGGAGCUUUCUGGAAUUCCACACCUUGGCCCCUCUUUGA